AUGCAAUUUCUGGGUCUGUCUAAGCUGCUUCAACUGUCGAUAGGCAUCGUCGUGGCGAUGUCGGCGAUAGGCGGAGAAUCUAUGCGUAUUCCUCGAAAUGCUGCUCGAAGCGAUCUGGCACGCAGAAGCUCAUAUAGCAGCGACUGCUCCCGAACAUGCAUGACCAACAUUGUCCAAGGAAUCAUUGAUUCGAUGGUCGUGCACAAUCCGUCCAUGCUGCCGUUGGCACCGAUGUACAAGGCGACUGAGAACUCGCACCCGGCAGCGGUCACCAUGAUGACGGCGUGGCGCACAAUCACUGAGGCAGGCGAGCCUAGUCUGCUGGCAAUUGACACAACAAAUGGCACGGCCUACUUCGCCCUGGAUGUUAGCGAAGGCGACGACGCCAAGGAAACAGUCCUUCGUGGUCGAAUCAAGGUUGUCGAUCGGUUGAUCACCGAGCUUGAACUGUUCAUGAACCGCAAUCGCGGAGACCACGGCUUUUCCUACUCGGCCGCAGAGCUUCCGACGAAUUAUGCAACAUUGAUGUCGCCUCCAACAAAUCGGACCAAGGCGAGCAGAGAUUACCUGUAUAAUCUGAGUGAUGCCCUUUUCUCGUCAACCAACAGCCUUGCGGUCAGUGUCGCCGACGACUGCCAAUUCACCGAACUGGGCUGGAAGGUUGUUGAUACUGGUACAUGGGGAAACGCUUCCAGCGACCCGCUCGGCUGCAGCUGGCCAGAUGAUCAUCCCACUGAUGACAAUGCACGAGUGGCUCUCGUCGUCGAUGAAGAAUUAGGCUUCGUCGUUACUAGUGGCAUCAUCCCGGGCACCGUCUACCCCUAUCAGAAUGUCUCCGCUUUCAUCCCGAAUCGUAUGGCAUCGUCGCAGGAGGCGCAGGAAGUGUGGCUGAAGGCGACGGAAGCUGAAGCUGAGAUCACAAUGGUGGCUCCAUUUGGAGCUACCGGUGACACGCUUGAAGUGCUUCAGUACUACGAUGGUAAGCUCCAGGCCAUGCAGAUCAAUGUUUACCUGAGUGGCCCAAAUAUGACAUCGCCCUGGUUGUAA